AUGGCAACGCUAUGGAUCCAUAUUGAGGGCGAACCAGAUUCUGUGAAAUUUCAUGUUAUGAGACAACAGUCAGAGCUUGACAAAAUUGACUUGGAUGAUAUCAGGCCUGAACUUUGUAAUAAAGAAAUUCUUAAAAAUGUUGUUCCAGACAAACUCAAAUUCUUUAGAUACAAUGACC